AUGGCGCCGCAGCAGAACACCUUCGCCGUCAUCCCCGAUGCCCCCGGGCGCGUCGGCGGCGUCGCAAACAGGCCGCCGAUGACAUCAAAGCAGGCCCAGAAGCUUUACAAGCAGGCAACUAAGGAACCGCGACGAUCCAAGGCCGAGCAGCGGAAAUGGGAGAAGGAGAGGCAGGAGGAGAUUCGCAAGGAGUUGGAAAAGGAACGCGCCGCAGUCAAGGCCAAGGCAGCGAGAGAACGCAAAAAGGUCAAAGAGGAGGAGGCCCGAGAAAGCAGGCGAAGGGCCGGGCAGCCUUUGUUCGACUGUCGACCAAGUCAAGACACAAUCGCGCGUUUUGUACGAGGCAAUGGUUCAAGCAAAAAGAGAGACUUGUCUGGAGAACCGAUACCAAGAGCCGAAAUUACACCCACCACAUUGGCCAAUAUCAAGCAGCAUCCCUUGCCGCCAUCCGGGGCUUCCAAACCGCCUACCCAAAUUGUUUCAUCAGAGGAGCGGAAACCCUCAAUCGACUCCAUGGCGCCACCCGCCCGUCCCUCGCAGGAAAUCAUGUCGGCCAUGUUGCCUCCUCAAAGCACGACUUUUCAAGUGAGAAAACAACUGGCUGAAGGCGUUGCACCAAAACCGACGAAGAAAGAUGCCUCCUCGCUACAGGUAACAGCGUUGCCUCCUCCCCUGAAGCCACUUUUCUCAGUACCAGAACACCCUCAAGCAGUAACGACUCCCAUGGGACCUCCCCCACGGCCUAUUGUGAAGUCAAAAUCAAGGCCCUUCAUGAUGCCCAGAGCGACAUUGCCAACCCAUCAGCCACCUCGACACAAAAUUUUCAAGCAGAAACCUCCUACUGAGCCUUCUUUCCGUAUCAAAUCAGAGGUUCCAUGGCCGAAAGAGCUGCUAUCAGCAAUCUCUGCACCAAAAAGAUUAUCACCAGAAAUGCCUCCACCCCCGGUGCCAUCGCAGAAACGCAAAGCAGAGCCUAUGGCAGAUAAAACUCCUAUAAAGAUGGUCAUACCAGCAAUCGCAACAUCACCACCACUACCACCACCAAGACCAAUAACGCAGAUACCUCCACCCAGUACACAGGCAAUUGUGCAAGAUUGUUUUGAUGAGUUCUUCCCAACAGCUUCACAACUCGCUGUAGAACUUGAAGAGGAUGUUGACUCGUGUCAAUCUGCACUGCCUUUAAGGGAAGGGUUCAGUGCUCCAGUGCCAAAAAAGGUCCUUGCCAAGGGGCCUCCUGGAUCUUCGAGCUGGCCCAGGGAGGCAAAAGAGUUCGCGCAAGAGAGAAAAGCAGAACCAACAAAGAACAAGUUGGAAGCCAAACAAACUCAGGAGAAUACCUCGAGUCCACGGCAUCUUCAGCCGGUCGUUCCCAACCCACAGGCCAAUGUCCUCCAGGCACCAAACCCUUCCACAGACAGAGCCCCAGGACCACACAGUUUCGCUCAAAGGGAACAGACGCCAAAAGUUCAGCCACAUCAAGUGAUGAUGCCUCAGCGAGCUUCAGGUCCCAAAUCGUUUACGGAUAGAUCAACCCGAGCAACAGUCAAUACGUCGUCAGCUAAGUUGCAUGGCCCUCCGCCGCUGCCUGCGCCUAGCCGGGUCUCAAAGCGUGCCAUCCUUCAGGAAAUUAGCAGCAACCAUUCACCUCUGCCACAGCCAACAGCUGGAAAAUCUCUACCUAUUUCCGCCGACUUGUUUCCUAUGAUCUGUACUCAGGACCUGAUGAUGUCGUCUCAGGAGGUGCUGGACAUAGAGUCGCCGGCCAAGGCCAUGACGCAUUCAUCGUCGGGAGGAUCCGAAGCAAACCCUGCCUCACCCCUCAUCGAGAUGGACUUGGGGUCGAUAGACUGGGAUGACGACUUAGAUGACUUUUGA